GGUUUCGUAACUUUGGUCGCUGAUACUGCUUCGUUCUGCGCUAUUGUCUAGCUUCCUUGAAACUGCGUUUCCGCAGGUGUACCUAUCAGGUGUUCCUUUUCAGCAUGUCACGUCGACGAAGUUAUCAAUUAACUGCACAGUUUCCGUCUCGUAGCACCAUUUACCGUGCAGCGAAAAGAAUGACAUCAGGAUUCAGCUACGAAGAGGUGCUUCUGUUGUCAGAAGCUAAACGACAGAAGGUUCAGCCACCUGCACACGUUAUCAACCGCAGUGAAGAUGACAGGGACCCCGAUGAAUUGGUACAUAACUUGAGAAAAUUGAUCGCAAAAUCUCAAGUACCAGCGUCUUUUGUUCGUCCACUGUUGUGCCUUGUGCAGCCGUGGAUGCCAUUUUUGCCAAAGGAUUACAGGACGCUGAUGCGCACUCCACGGACCUCCCGCAUUCGCGUUGUUUCACCGGGAACUUACGGUCACGUAGGUCUGCUGAGAGGUUUACAGCGUGCAUGCUCUGCUAUUUCGCUCGCCGCUGAUGACACUGUUGACUAUCAGUUGCAUAUUGACGGGUUUAAACCUUUUAAUGCAUCCAAGAUGCAUGUAUGGCCAAUCUUGUGCCGUGUCAUAAAGCCAGUGAUCACGAAGCCAUUCAUUGUUGGUGUUUAUGGUGGGACCUCGAAGCCGAAUGACGUGGACGAUUACUUGUACGACGCAAUUAAUGAGAUACGUACUUUGUAACGCCAAGGAUUAUUCAACCUUAAAGCCGUUAUCUGUGAUACCCCUGCACGCGCUUAUGUGAAAAGAAAAAAAGAACAUUCGGGUUAUUACAGCUGUGACAAAUGCACCCAACGUGGUGAGUAUAUGAGCCGCAAGGUAACAUACCCACUUACGGAUAGCACACUACGGACUAAUGCAUCCGUUCGAAGGAAUGAUAGCCAACCGUCGCCUUUUGCUGCUUUGAAUGUCGAUUUGGUUGAG